GCUCAAGUUUGUCCUCGAAUAGUUCCUUUUUUCACCGCUAGAUGGCGCCAUUUGUUUUUUUCUAAUUUAAGAAUUAAUAGUACAGGGUUAAAAAAUGAUUCUCAUUCGUAUUUUAAUAUUGCGAUGAUUGUCCAUGUAUUUGUUUGUGGAUAUAUAUAAAAAAAAAUUUACAAAUACCUCUGUCGUCCUCUAUCGGAAAAACGCUCAAGUUUGUCACUGAUUAGUUUUGAUUGUUCACUGCUAGAUGGCGAUACAGGUGUUCCUAAGUUUUUUUUUUUUUACAUUUCCAACAACAAAUAGGUGAACAAGUAUUGUAAUAUUAAAAUAUGAGUGAGAAUCAUUUUUGAGCCCUGACCUCUUAAUUUUUUAAUUAAAAAAACAAAUGGCUCCAUGUAGUGGUGAACAGGCCGAGCAAUUUUUCAUUGUAUUUAACACUUUAUAGUAACGUAUCGACAGGUCGGUAAAAAAAACAAGAUAAAUGACGCCAUCUAGCAGUGAAAAAAGGAACUAUCGAGGACAAACUUGAGCGUUUUCCCGAUAGAGGCGCUGACCAUACUUUGACGUUAGUUCGGCCUUUUCACCGCCAGAUGGCUAUUCACUCGAGCGAAAUUAAUUUGAAUUUUAAAAAUAAAUUAAACAUUUGUAGCACUCUUGAAUAAUUAAUUUAUAUUUCCAUAAUACAUAAACGAUAUUUAUGAAUUUUUUAUGCAUGCCAAUAAUUCUCUACAACCAGUCGGAAUUGCGACAGGAAAUACGAUGCCCAAAACGGUACGGUUUAAUCGAACUUUGAAUAUAACAAUGGCAAUGUUUCUACGAGCAGUACCAAUACGGUUAGUACAUUGCAGAAGGCAACUCGAAAGGAAUAACAAUUCGAAAUUACGUUUCAGUCUUAUAUUCGGGAUAAUAUAAUUUAUAAUAUAACAAUUCCCGAUACCACACGUGUAUAUAUAGCGUAUUUUAAUGGAGCAUCAAACAUUUUAACGAAACAGCCAUGAAAUAAAGCAACAUAUUAACCAAAGUAAAAUAAAAUACUUUUCCAUAUUAAGACCAACGGUAAAUAUGUUCGUAAUAAACAUGGGACAGGUCCUAAAAGGUAGAGAACCUUGUACAUUGUUUCCAAAACAUGUACACGUUCCUGAAAAUGACUCGUUACAUCGCCCAACGUAUCAGAACUCUUCGAACAGACAGAAAUUUCGCUAAGAAUAAAGUUUCAUCCAUCUCUUCUUACGUUUAACCGUAGUUUUUUAGUAGAUUCGGCCCUGGGUAGAUCUCACGCCCAAAGUUUCGACCGAUCUUUUAGAAACAUCCUGUAAAAGGGGUUCGGUUCGUUCGGUGUGUUGAUUCUCUCUCGGUUGCAGCUCGCGGGGCCAAGGAUGCGCGUGUGUUUGUACGCGUUUUCAUGCACACGAGUAUCCGCUUUGCGCGUGCGUGCACACGGCUCCGAUUGACGUGGACGUGUGCGUGUAUGUGUGUGUUUUGUGUAUCCGUGGGCGCCUGCGUGUGCGUGUACGUCCAUCAUGAGUCAGAGCACCCAUGGUCGGUCCGCGUUUCGUAAUUAAUUCUCCUCGUUGACGAGAGAAAUGCGAGUCUAGUCCCGGGACCAACACACCUGCACGUUCCCGGGCCGCGCUUGUCCUCAGAGGACAUGCUCGUUGUGCCCGGUAAAUCGCGCAUCUUUCAUCAUUUUUCACCUCCCGCUCGACUCUGCUCCGUUUUCGUACCCACCGUCUACGGUGCGUCCAAGUGUUUCGUGUGUGUCUCCUCGUCUUGUUUUUCUUGAAAAAAACACCUCCUCGCGUAUCUCUGGCUCUCUUCUUCCCCGGGACUCUCGUGUCUCCUCUUUCGUGCAGCAACACGGGAAAGGAUCGUACGCUCCGGUGUCUCGAUCAUCCGACGGACGCGGCUACGAAUGCUCCCCGUUGAGUUUACAGUAUCGCUCUCAGCGGCGAUCGAACUUUCACGGGAAAGAAUGGACUGUGAAUUCGUCGACGAUCUCGUUGAUCGUAGUCGCCUUUUAUUUGCCGCCCUCUCCAACGAGUAAAACGGGUCGAGUCAGAUUACUUAAGUUUCGGAGGAAAGGAAUAACAGAAGUAACAUGGAACACAACAGAAAUAGGCCUAGCAGGCCGCGCCUUCGCUCCCAUGGGAAUUCUGCCCGAGUUCUGGUAUUCGAUCAGACAGAAAGCGAGGAAUCUGCUUGCAGUGGCGAGGGAGAUGUGCAGAAGCAUCCCAUACUACCUAAAAUGGAAAGCAAGGAAGCUCCAGCUCGGCCUGCCAGUGGAGAACUAUCGAAUCUGGUUCGAAUGAGGAACUCUGCGAUAGGAAAGUCUGCACCUUCUUUAUCUGUCCAUGUGCGUGAUUUUAACAUUCCGCGGCGUGCUGCUAAAGCAGCUCAUCGUAAAUCUUUUAUCGCGACAACGUCGCCCACCUUACCGAGAUGUCACUCGCCGCUAUCAGCAUUCGUCCCGAUUGUAGGCAGUCCCCUAGAGAGUCCUAGGAUGUCAUCCAGUCCACAUUUUGCUUUUGCUCCAAUUAAAAGGAUCGGUGGAGGUGCCACAGGAACCGGUGAUGGCAGACGAUGGUCGGUUGCUAGCUUGCCAUCCAGUGGAUAUGGCACUACACCGGGUUCCAGUAAUGUUUCGUCACAGUACUCGAGCCAAGAACGCUUGCAUCAACUUCCAAAUGUUCCGACCAAGGACGAAUUGCGCAUGCUUUCUUGCCAUUUUUCUAAACCUGGCACACCAUGUUCUUCGCAUCCGGGAUUUCCAGGUUCAAGUAUCUCCAGUAUUCCAGGCAACGUGUCUCUCAGUCAUGACGAGGAUGGUCGUAGAUCGCCGUUACACAGACCACGCUCGCGAAGUUUAAGUAGUCCUAGCCGGUCACCCGUACUGGACAGUGAAAUUGUUAUGAUGAACACCCUUUAUAAAGAACGAUUUCCAAAGGCGACACAGCAGAUGGAAGAGCGUCUGACCAAUUUCAUCAACGAAAAUAAGGAGUUGGACGAGUUCGAAGUAGUGGCGAAUAUGACUCAGGACUCCUUGCCGAUUUUACGAUUCGUCCAUCAUCAAGUAAUCGAAAUGGCGAGAGACUGUUUGCAAAAAUCUCAGGAAAAAUUAAUCACGACUAGAUAUUUUUAUGAAAUGAGCGAAAAUUUGGAGCAUCUACUUAUGGAGACCAAAGAGAAAUCUCUCGAAGCUGCAACGAGACUAACGGGGCUUAUCAAAAAAUUAUUGUUAGUAAUAUCGCGUCCGGCUCGCCUUUUGGAGUGCUUAGAAUUUGAUCCGGAAGAAUUUUAUCAUCUAUUAGAACAAGCCGAAGGCCAAGCGAAAAUUAACGCGGGAAUAAAAACGGAUAUACCUCAGUAUAUCGUUAACAAGCUGUCUCUCAAUAGAGAUCCCAUAUCGGAAUUGCAAGAAGAUUUGAAUAAGCUAGAAGAUUCGGCUAGUUCGAGCGACAGUAACUUACAAAUUACUUCGAGUCCAAACAAAGACGACGAAAAAUCUCAGCGCGUUCCGUGUGAAAGUGAUUACGAGGUACUGAAGCUCAUAAGUAACGGCGCAUACGGUGCGGUGUUUUUGGUUAAGGAAAAGACCACGAGGCUAAGGUUCGCCAUGAAAAAGAUAAAUAAAAAUAAUCUGAUGCUGCGCAAUCAAGUGGAACAAGUUUUUGCUGAGAGGGACAUUAUGAGCUUUACCGAUAAUCCGUUUGUAGUUUCUAUGUACUGCAGUUUCGAAACAAAAAAACACUUGUGCUUGGUGAUGGAGUACGUAGAAGGUGGAGACUGUGCGAAUCUUUUAAAGAAUAUCGGUGCAUUGCCGCCGGAUAUGGCUAGGUUUUAUUUCGCGGAAACCGUCUUGGCUGUUGAAUAUUUGCAUAGCUACGGCAUCGUUCAUCGAGACUUAAAGCCCGACAAUUUACUGAUUACGGCCCUUGGUCACAUCAAACUGACAGACUUCGGUCUUAGUAAAAUGGGUCUUAUGUCUUUGGCGACGAAUCUUUACGAGGGAUAUAUCGACAGGGAUACGAGACAGUUUUCGGACAAACAGGUAUUCGGUACGCCCGAGUACAUCGCCCCUGAGGUAAUACUUCGUCAGGGUUAUGGGAAACCCGUUGAUUGGUGGUCUAUGGGCAUUAUACUGUAUCAAUUUUUGAUUGGCUGUGUACCAUUCUUCGGUGAUACUCCGGAAGAGUUAUUUGCUCAUACAGUCAAUGAUGAUAUCGAGUGGCCUGACGAUGAAGACUGGCCUGUCCAGCCGGAAGCUAAAGGUAUUAUAACGGCGUUGCUGCAGCAGAGUCCUAGAGAUCGAUUAGGAACCGGAGGAUCACACGAAGUCAAAGAACAUCCGUAUUUCUUUGGAGUGAACUGGAACAGUUUACUCAGACAAAAGGCUGAGUUUGUGCCGCAAUUGAUCAACGACGAGGAUACAAGUUACUUCGACACUCGUAUGGAUAGAUAUAAUCACGACAUAGGCGAUGACACCGACGACACCGAUGACUCCCCAUUGUUCGGAUCGUUCUCUUCGUACUCUCCUCAAUCUCGAAAGAUCUCUCAAACUCGUCCACCGCAGAUAAAUCCAGAGUCAGAGUCGGACACCUCGAAGAAACAAUUAUUCUGCAACGAGCUCGAACGCAUGGUCGCGCAAUUGUCAAUGGGAUGCGGCAACUCGGCGGUCACGCCUCCAUCCAAGUUGAUCGAAUCGACUCCGUCGGAAAAGAAUCGGUCCUCUUCCUCCGCCAAGAGCAUUUCAAGCAUGGAGACUCCGCCUAAAAUGGACAAAUCGAACGCCUCGUUCACGAGCCCUGCCACGGCAACGAGCACCGAGUCGCAGUUGACGGUUAUCAAGAACACUCAGUUAGAAGGGACGUCGGUCAGCUUGAGCACACCCGACUCAUCUCAAACGGAGUCCGAGGACAUCAGUCCGCAGAUCCAGAGAAAGAGACACGUGCAUUCCCGCGACAAGCUGCCCAGGUUCAGUAUAUCCGUUGAUGAUGACCACAUGUUGGACCUGGUCGCGGCAAACAGGGAUACGACCGAGGAGAGCAAGCAUAAUUCCAGCACCGACUCUUUCGAAUCGUUUACGGCAAUGCCGGUGAUUCUAUCGUCUGCAAAACAGAAGUCACGUUCCGUAAUCAAGUCUGCGUCCACCAGUGGAUUGUCGUUGGUGAUACCGGCCAGCGAGUUUUCUUACGACACAUCCUUGCAUACUCAACCAAUCGAGUCACCCGGUGGGUCAUCUACCGCUUCUUCGAGAGACACGUCGCCUUGCCGUGAAUUAAGUCCUCUUGUGACCAGCUUAAAACCCCCUAUUAUCAUCCGAAGGGGACCUUGCGGAUUUGGCUUCACUGUGCACACUAUCAGAGUUUACUACGGAGACAGCGAUUUUUACACGAUGCAUCACCUAGUUAUGGCCGUUGACCAGUCUAGCCCAGCGUUCGAAGCUGGCUUGAGACCAGGCGAUCUCAUAACACAUAUAAACGGUGAACCAGUGCAGGGUUUAUAUCAUAUACAAGUUCUUCAGUUAAUGUUGAGCGGUGUCGAUCGUGUAACUUUGCGCAGCACACCGUUGGAAAACACCAGCAUAAAAACGGGCGGACGGAAGAGAGAUCUUGCCCAAAGCAAAAUGGCGCGCAGAACGCUCCACAAGCAGCGUAAACAAAAGCGCGAUCAUUCCGAUAAGAAACGAAACACGUCCCUUUUCAAGAGACUUAGUUCCAAACGACACAGUGCGGAGAUACAGCAGCCAUUAACUAUCAGUUGUCCAUUGUCAGCACCCAUUCUAUCCAGCGACAGCAAACCUCCACUUAUGAUGGCUGCAGGACUUUGUUCACCGUCGAUGGUGACACCUAGUCGAUCCUUCCAGUCGUUCACGCGUUCCCAGGAAUCGUCGCCUUAUUUUACAACUUGCACAAAGUCCGUUUGCAGUCCGUCGCCGCCAACGAAUCGCGUUAGUUUGGACUCCUAUCACUCCACUGGCAAUUCAAGUCCUUGCUCCAGCCCGAACUCGUCGUCUCCUGGUUCAAACACGUCUGCGGCAAACUUGACAACUAUCUCGAACCAGUCCCAUUAUCAGAGACCUAGCACCCUUCAUGGUUUGAAGCACAAGUUGCACACGGCGGCAAAAAAUAUCCAUUCACCGAAUCGCAGAAAAUCUGUGGGGCAUAUACCGUUAUCCCCGUUGGCCAGGACUCCAAGCCCAUCGCCGCUUCCUGCUAGUCCAACCAGGAGUCCCAGUCCUCUAACGUUUCCUACAGGACAUCAGCCUGGCAGCUCCAAUACCACGCAGUCCUAUAGUCCAGGGGUCUGCUUGUCAACGCCAAACAACCAGAAGAAAGGCUACGGUCGGCCAAAGUCAGCGGAACCUGGUUCUCCGUUACUGAGGAGAGCGCUCAGUCCAGACAGGCUUCACCCACGCUCCGCGGAGAACAAGACGUCGAUAUCGCCGUUGGCUAACACGCUGGUAAAAGUAACGCCUCGUGUAACUAUAGCCCAAUCGUCAUCUCAUUCGGAGACUUCCGAGGACAGCAGCGAUAGCUUCAAAGAGUCAAACGAUACCAAGGUCGAGAAGAAACCGCCAACUGAACAAAAGUCCGACUACUCGAAAUUAUCCCAUGCCAUAUCGAUCAACUUAGGGGCUGUGAGCAUGUCGAACUCGUGCGGUAGCACGCAGUUGCCGAGAAUAGCGGAGGAAAAGGACUCGCCAACCGGAACCAAGGGUGACGAUUAUUCAUCGAAGGAAAUUUCGAGCUCCGACAAGGACGAUAAAACUAACGCUUCUGCCAACAAGUUGUCAGAGCCAGAAGAAGCCGUCGACUGCGAUAAUCGUCGCAGUCACGAGUCGACGAAGGCAGACUUGUACGCAAGAAACUCGGAACCGCCUGUCAAUAAAAUUGAAGAAAGAGCUCAGUCCGAUAACUCGUUUAGUAUACACACUCGUAGCUCGCCGGCUACGUCUCACAAGCAAUCGCAGAGCAACGAAAAAGGCUUGCAAGCCUCGUUUCAGAGGGGAUUGUUACAGAGUUGGGAAAAAUGCUCGCCAUCUUCCGCUCAAAAAACGUCGUUGCAGAGCACCGAGAAAGGCUCGCACUCGGCGAGUCAAAAAUCUCUAUCUCAAAACAGUGAAAAAGGUUUGCAGUCGUCGACUCAAAAACCUUCGUCGCUGAGUAGCGAGAAAGGUUCGCAAGCUUCGGCUCAAAAGCCUCCGUCGCAAAGCAAUGAAAGAGUUUUGCAAGCUACGUUGCAGAAAUCGUCCCAAGUCAGCGAGAAAUAUGUGCAAACUGCGUCGCAGAAGCUAGCUCAAGGCUUGGAGAAGGGAGCCGCGUCGCAUAAGUCAAACGAACAAAAGGCAGCUGGUAAAUGUUCAGAGGCUAAUCCAGAUGGUAGAAAGAUAUCGAAGAAACACAAAGUCGACAGCUUCGAGGGUACUGGCUGCUCGAACUCGUUCGAACCCGGUGGGUCAGGGAAGGAUAAGAAAAACAAUUAAACUAUGCCCGCGUGUUGAUCAUAUCCUUUUGCCAAUGACACAGUACGUCUUUUUUUUUUUUUUUGUUUGUCUAAUCAUCGUCACAGUAUGAAUCAAAUUUCGCGAAACGCAAAUAGAAAGUUUAGCGUCUAUGCUCGAAUAAGAGCGAAAGAAAGGUAAAUCAAAAGCAAGACAGUUCUACGUAUACAGCUUUAUAAAGGGAGGCGGUUUGUACUCGAAUCAACUAUCUAUAUAGGCUUCCAGCGAAUAACCCUUUGAAGAAUAACUUCGGUUGGUGUUUCUGGAUAUCUACGAUUGGUAUUUAAGCCAUCCUGUAACUGUAAUCUUUGUCAUACGAUUAAUUUAAUACAAUGAAAUCAAGAUGAAAGUAGAGAAACUGCGACGUAUUAUAUUUAAACGGUUUCAAAUGUGCAGUUUGUUGAAUUCGCUCUUCCGAUUCCUCGCGGAAGUCGGAAGAGAACGAACAAGUAAUUGGAGUAAUUUAUAUACUUCGGGCUACAGUAUUUACACGAUCUCAUUUACGUUUACGUCUAAUAUUAGCACAUCACUGUAUGAAGACAACAUGUAUCGUAUAUACUCGUGAUCCAGGUUUAUAGGUACAAGCAUUUUCAUUAUUUCUUUACGCAAAGCAAACCUCGAAACGAUACUUAACGAAAUUCAGUCUGAAUCUAGGUUAGAAUUCGCCGCUGAAGAUCAUCUUCAACGGAAACUUUUUUCAUUGUUGAAUUCAGCAUAUUAAACUUAGUCGGUAUGCAAUAAAAAUUAAAGUCGGUGUUUUCCAAGAAAACGCAAUCAAUCGUCCUUGAUAAAAGCUUCGGAAUCGGCCUAUACGCGAGUGUAUAUGAUAACGAUUUCGUCGCAAUGAUUAGCGUACAAGAUGCUCCCGUGUGCACAACGACAAUUAUAUCAGUCCCUUUUUAAUUAUACCGCGCUGUGAUGCAUUUAAUCCUGACGUUAGAAAUUGGUGCUAAACGUUUAUCGCUCGAGUGUCCCACGCGAGAACUGGUGCUCCCAACUCCUCAGAACCUGAAUCAUUACGAAAACGGGAAGAAAAAAAAACAGUGAAAGAUCGCUGAGAAAUGGAAGAUUACGACAACCCAAAACGAUUACAGUGGCACAGCACGUACGAACAUAUCGCAUUGGAAGCAUCUUGAGGUUUUUCAAAUCGUAAGAGUUGCGAGCGUUCCGGGGACCCGUUGGCCUCCGGCACGUUGUAAUCAUUUUAGUAUUAGGUACUCGUUAAUUUAUUCUGUAUAUAUAUAUAUAUACGCGAUAAAAAAAGGAAAAAAAAAGAAAAGAAAGAAAACAACUGUAUAUUAGUUAAGGGCAAAGCAUGCUUUAAACGUGAAAACGACCGGGGUACCGGAAAUGGCCGCGGCUUCCGGUAGGGUUCGCGCGAGUGCUCGCUUGCGAAGGUACAAUUUGCCAUAAAAGAGCAACACGAUAAUCCGUAUGUACGUGUACUCUGCCAUAGGUACGAUUUUCGUUCACGUCGAAAAUGGGUUCGACGACGAAACCGUUGGAUCGUUGCGCGGACGAUCACGGACCAACCGGAUGCACGAUGCUUUUCGUUUCAAGCAAAUCGAACGUAGAACAUGUUUGCUGUUAGAAAACGAAAAACAAACAACGUUGUGGUACCAUUGCUGCUCGUUAAGCGAGAACGAGCAUGAGUUCAUACAUUGUAGAGUGAAUCGCGGCAGUAUUCGAACGUUGGCGGUUCAAGUCUGCAACGCUUAAAAUAAAGACGACCGAACUAAAUCGUACCUUCGAACCAUAAGUACCGAGUUAAGAAAAUGAUAUUACAGCACGAGGAAUAUAUUUUCUUUUGCUAAGACAGUACUGGUGUUUUAAAAAGUUUUUGCCGAGAAAAGCGCGCAACAGUUCGCCACAGAUUUGAAUUGCAAAUGUUCGAACGCCUUCCUCGAUCCUUCGCGUGUUCGCUAUAUGUUUUAACGUAAGAAUAGGCUGUAAGGAUACUUAAGGAAACACAGGCUUUAGGGAAAUAAGGCACGAUUCGAAUUCCCUUCUUUUUUUUACAUCUCAUCGUCCCUGCCGCGGGCUCUUUAAAGCUAACGGAAUUCGCAUAGAUGUAAACCAAUGUUCGCGAUUUUAAUUUGCCUCGAAUGCAGUUCGAGCAGCCGCGCGGGGAAACUGCGGCUCGUUUCGCGCGUUCAAUUUUUGUAUCCCGUCCCGAGCGAGCUACGUUUUAUCGUCAAACGAGGGCCACGAAUCUAAUCUAUAAGAAGUCUUUCGAUUUAGUAACUGUAAGCAGUGGCGAGAUCAUUCGUCGCGCAACUAUCAUCGUUAAGGCUUAUAAGGGAACAUCGAGCGUCAAUCUUUGUACGCGAGUGUAUUUAACGGAUGGAGACUUCGAUUUCGAAAAUAUUACUUUCCCGGUUUUGCACGUGAGCGCUGCGUUGAUAUGAAAUUGUUACGUCUUAGACAAAAAGUUAAGAUAGCGUCUGAAACCCAAAGUCUUCGGCCAAAAGUACUCUUGUAUGCGAAGUUUGACGUAAUUCCGAGGAGGGGGCAAUCCUCGACGCUCCCUUGUUAACCGAUAUCGCGUCUGUCCCCUGUUAUACGCAUACUUUUUCUCUGCUUAGCAUGAAACGUCGAUGCACGAUAGGGGUUGAUGGGCACCGAAACGCGUCGACGUCCGUAUUCGUCGUUCUAGUUUGUACCAGUAGUUGUAUCGUGUUGUCCGAGAAUUUUUGAGGCAGCUCAAAAGACGAGUUAGAAAGCAACCGGUGAGAAUACAUUUUAAAAUCCGACGGAUUCGAGCUUGCGCGACGUUGCAUGGAGAAAUGAGGCAUAAUCAAGAAUCGCGUACGCGAGAAAUUAAUCGUGAUCGAAAAACCGAAAUCCGGGGAGAUGCUGGAUAUUUCUCUGGGCAUGAUAUUAACCAUAUUUUUUUUUUUUUUUUGCGUAGAGAAGAGAGCACGUUUGGCGCACGUUCUAAAAGUUAGACGAAAGAAGAAUAUAAGUCGGAUCAAAAUCAGCUGGUCGCUCGAGGCCGCUGAAGGGUUAUCCCCGCCAUAAAGUUUUGGCCACUCCCACAGAAUCAGUAGACCUGCUGGCACAUGAUCUCCGGCUCCCGAUUAAAGAGCAACAGCGUCAAAAGCGAAUUCUAUCGAUUCGCGCUUUUAAUGGUCGCGUGUUAAUCUAUCGUAGACGUAUGUGACAACCGCCUGGCCACCGAUUUUAUGCAUUUCUAGCGGACGCGAAUGUGAAAAGUGUAUGCGGAAUACGUACACUUGUGCAAAAUGGAAUAUCGAUAUCAUAUUUCAUUAGUGAAAUAUUUAUCUAUACGCGUUUUGCAUAUACAUAUUUCCCAGCGUUGAGCGAAAUGUAGUCCACGAUUACGAUUACUGUGUAAUCGGUAAUAAUCAAUCGACGAUUGACGAGUAAUCGGUCACGAUUAGCUCUGGUAGAUUGCAAAUGUAGUUUAUGAUUACCGACCAAUCUGACAAUCUCAAGUGAUUAUUCCAUGCGUAAUCUCUGCACAACUCUGGUGUCUUCCAUACCACCGUACGUCAUAAAUGCAUAAAAUCUACAGGCUAACGAUACACGAAGAGUCCAGCGAGUAGACAAGCCAUGAUCGUUUCGUUGCUUUCGUUUUCCGUGUCGUUUAAUCCCUCGGUAAGCCGAUAGUAAACGUAGGAGCGAAUUUGAGAGCUAUGGUAAAACGAUGGACACGGUACAGAGACGGGCAAAAUUCUUAUCCAAAGUAUAGAUUAAAAUUUGAUUUACGGAACGAAAUAUUUUUAUAAAAGAACAAACAAAAACUUCGUCGUUCGAUCGAAUAAAUUCCUAUGCGUUGGUUCUAUUCGUUAUCUGUUACUCGAAUAAAGUUUUGUCCAGCUCUAGCACGGUCGACUCGAGCGAGUCUUUACGAGUGGGCGAGUUUUCGAGUCGGUGCAAAGAGAGAAGAGAGAAGGGAUGAGAAAAGCAUUCUUUACGUAUCGUUGUACGCGUUGUGUGAUAUGCGAUUACGCAGUCGAUACUUUGUUGAACUUUGUUUCGUUACGUUUACAUGGGUUGUGAUUCUAUAUGUGGGACUAAGUGAAUUCGUUGGUCGCUUAUUAUUGUUGAGACGUGUGUAUUAAUUUUUUUUUUUUUUUUGUUUUACAUCGACGAACAAGCGUCGAAGUUAAUUACUGUUUGCCAGUGUCGAGAGUCAUUCUCCGGCCGUUUUUCAUUUUCGAAUCGGAGACCACAAAAAGUAUAAAGCGAGAAUUUCAUAAAAACGCCACGAUUUGUAUUCCACUUGGGACUCUCUUCGUUUUCCGUUCAUCGAACGAACCAACUACCAACGGUAGAUGCGUGGGAAGCAGCCGCUCUUUUUCCUCUUUAUUUCCUCCGCGCUUUUCUAAGAACGCCUUUGAGACGGACUUGUUGUUCUAUAUUUUUCUUUUUUGUGAUAAGCGAACUGGAUGUUCUCCGUGAGAAUAUUUAUCAGCGAACUCGACGAACGUUUGAUAAUUAUAUUACACGCUCUUCACGUGAAAUACAGUUUCGUUUCUUACUAUACGGUA